AUGUCUUACGAUCGAGUGCUUCCCAAUCCCGUUGCUCUCCAAUAUGAGUCUGCUCAAGUCUCUUUGCCCAGACCGAGCAACUUACUCGAUCACAAAAUCAUGAACGACGAUCUCAAGUCUAUGGCCCGGUAUCCAGAUGGACCGGUCGGGGAUUCACGCUAUACAGAACUCAGAUCAGAUGGUGUAUUACAGACCCAUCCGCACCUAGCGGUGCUGAAUAGUACCAAAGAUUCUCUCAAUGGCGCAGUCAAGAUUGCGGGCCCAAUGAUCUCAACGAAAGAGCUGCCUCUCCGGGACCGAUCUGAUCGAUCAUCGUCCUCCUCAGCCAGCAGUACCAGCCCUGGCAAAUCACAGAAAGAGGGAGCUAUGCAGUUCUGCCUCUGCCAGCCGGACCCGAAGAUCCCCCGGCCUCGUAAUGCUUUUAUAUUGUAUCGUCAGCAUUAUCAGGCCAUGGUUGUAGCUCAUAACCCUGGUCUGGCAAAUCCGGAGAUCUCUAAGAUCAUUGGAGAGCAAUGGCGGUCUUUGUCGGAAGAUGACAAGAGUAAAUGGAAAGCGCUUGCCGAGGAAGAAAAGGCUCGUCAUCAGCAGCAGUACCCCGACUAUCGGUACCAGCCUCGACGGUAUGGUCGGGAUGGUAAUGCACGGAAUGGCGCCUCAGGAAUUGGUCACAAUCCAUCGGGAUCGUCCACCUGUAAUCGAUGUGGUGGUCGCCUUAUGAAUGCACCAGCGUCGCCCAUGACUCCAUUCACACCGAGCAGUACCACCGCUGGACCUGGGUAUAGACCGUCCAGCUUUUCAGCAGUCUCACCACACCCUAAUACGAUACCCAGAAGUCGAGAAAAAGACUCACAUUCAGCGCAAAAACCAGUCAAGAUAGAUCAAAAUGACCCACGGGCUCGACCGAGGCAAUGGGAAGAACACGGUGGUCGCUCCCCACCAGAGAACAAGCGUCGUAGGAUAUCGCAUGCCCACGCCCAUCCCCCAGCACAUGCCCCAUUCAAACCAAGCUUGCACUCCUACCGAGACCGGAGUCCCGAGUCACCAAUGACCCCCUGGAGUGCUCGACCAGACAUGGCACCGCGUCACCUCCCAAUGAUUCAACCACAUCGCCAUUAUGGUAGCAUUCCAGGCUCACCACACCCAGACCCGAGUUUGAAACUCCCACCACUCCAAACCGCAACAACACCCAUAACAGGCUCCAUGACGCCCUUCCCACAAGAAGACACCAGCGUCGAAGCCACAGUUAUGACAAUUCCCUUCCUCAACAAGAUCAAAGUCCUCGCUAAAAUCUCUCCACCCCUGGUACCCUCCUUCCGCGAGGGCUUCCCACCAGCCCGUGGCCCGGUCAUCGCCAUCGACGGCCAAGACCCAGGCCUCGUCCAAUCAAUCGUCGAGUAUCUAGAUAAUCUCCUCAAAAAGGAACCCAAAUACCAUGUUCGUAUCUUCGACGGUCCAGAAAUCCAGGCGCCACGCUCAACCUCCGCAGAGGCAAGCCAAAGCCAAGGCCAAAUGGGCGAUGCAACAGUUGGCUACCUGAACACUAUCUCAGCCUGGCACCGCAUCUCGGACGAAGUAGUCGGCUUCGUCAAAGCGGUCUCAAGAGCCGGCUCUGUGGAGGCCCACUCAACAACCACAGACGAAGACUCUGGACCAAACGUCUCACCUAAAACCCUCAUCCCAAAGACAGCAAACCUUCAAAUUAACUCGCCCGCCCAGUCUAGUGACCACGGCUCCGAGGGUAGCGUCGUGUCAGCCGCUACAGCGGGCAGCCAUUACUCGGUGCCUAUCGCGCUGGUACCACGCUACCAGCUUACAACAGCUGAUGCAUUCGCAUGCUCGACUCCCAUUGGAGAUUCCUAUGCUCCACUUGAUCACUGGCAGUGGAUGGCAUCGCUAUGGCGAGCAUGUGUUGGUCCUGAUAUCACGGUUUAUGUACGUGAGUGUGGGAAGGAAGAAAUUGAUCGUAUAGGGGCUGUUGAGGUGCGACUGCAGGAUGUGCGAACUGUUGUACUGAGGAAGACAAUAGGAAAAGACCUUGAGGACAAGGUUCUUCGGCGCAUGGGCUUCGAGAUUGAGGACUUUUUGACUCAGUGA